AUGCAAUUCAAACAAUUAUUAACUGCUACCGCUUUAGCCUCAAUUGCUUCCGCUGCUAACGUUACCGUUACCACCGAUGUUGUUGUCACUGACUUCACCACUUACUGUCCAGAACCAACUUCAUUCGUUGUUAACAACAAAACUAUCACUGUUACUGAAGCUACUACUAUUACCAUCACUGGUGAAUGUACUAUCCCAACUACUUACACUUCAGCUGCUCCAUCAACUGUUGCUCCAGAAGUUGAAACCGCUAACGCUGGUAACAAAGUCGCCGUUGGUGCCGUUGCUGGUUUAGCUGCUGUUGCCGCUUUAUUCUAA